CCUGGCCUUUCUCUGCCAGUCCAAGACAGAUGAAGCGAAAGUUUGCGCGAAAUCUUACCUUAAAGCUCCCUUUUCUGGGGCAGGAUUACAGAAAUUUCAAACACAUUUCAUUCUGCUCAAAGUGGUUAAGUAAUUAAUGAUUUUUUCCCGGUUAAAGAAUUUGCAUAAGCCACGACUUAUUUAGCUGGCGAGAGAAGGCUGUUGUGCAACUACGUUGGGUCAAAGGUAAAGAUAUGAGAUUGUGGUAUGACCCAUAAGAAUGUUGGACCUCAGUGAUGACAGUCAAGAACUGAUCCCUGAUGAUGAUGAAGGGAGGAGUAAUCAUCAGAGUAUCAAAGUGUAUGGAGCAUUGGUGAACAUUGCCGAGCUGAGUGGUCAGGCAAUGGCAAAUACUAUGAUGGAGUCAUAAGAAAGUUUCGGCGUCUGGAAGCAGGCAAAGUCUUAGCUCUUGUUAAAUUCUUGAGCUAUGACUCAGAUGAUAGCGAAGAGGUUGACAUUCAAACUUUGCAAAAGGUUAAAUAUGCAGGGUCCAAGAGCAAAGAAGGUCUCAAGGCAGACCAGGGGCAGAGUAGCCAGUGUGAAGCAAAGAGAGGUUUGUUUUUCCCCUGAGAGGUGAUGAGAAUCAAAUGUGGUUGCAGGAGAAGUAUGGUCAUGAGGUUGAUUCUGACAAUGAGGCAAGCCAGCCAUCUUGCAGCACCAUGGCACAGGCAUCAGACUGGAUAAAUAGCAGUCCAGAUAAGCCACAGACCGUCUGUAAAAGGAAGCAAAAAAAAACUGCUUUCGGUGGAUCACCCAAGAAAAAGUGUCUCCGAAGAAAUAAAACUGAAUAUUUCAGCAAAAUUACACAGAGAAAGCAUGUUGAUGCCUGCCAAGACCACACCAGUAUGGUUCACAAAGGAGGCCAGAGUUCAAAAUCAUUAAUUGAGUCACCAAAGUGCCAAAUUAAAGAUCACACAACUCCAGACUCCCAUUUGGAAGAUCCAGCUGUUGUGAAGAACUUAAGAGGGUUUGAUGAGCAUGACAUGGAGAAACCCAAAUUCAGUUUCCCUGCACCUGGUCCUAAAGUACCUUUCAACUUGAGUGAUCAUGAUGACAAGAUUAAGAUUCCAGCAUGUCUCAACCAGUACCUGCGGGACUACCAGCGGGAGGGAGUACGCUUCCUUUUCUCUCAUUUUCAACAUGGCCAAGGUGCUGUUCUGGGAGAUGACAUGGGGCUUGGCAAAACUGUCCAGGUCAUUGGAUUUUUGUCAGCACUGCUAGGCAAAGAAGGAAACAAAGCAGAUAUAAUGCGCCAAAAGCCACACUUCAUCCGCAAGAUGUCAGACACCAAGGAGCCGGAGGGUGGCGUGCAUCGUCAUCCAUUCUUGAUAAUCUCACCAGGCAGUGUACUGUAUAACUGGAUGGAAGAGCUGGACACAUGGGGAUACUUUACAGUCAGGAAGUACCAUGGCAGUGAUAAGGCCACAUGUUUAGCUGACAUAUCCCAGGGCAAAGCAGAGGUGGUAGUCACAACCUUUGAAACUUUCAGAGACAAUUUUGACAGUCUGAAUGCAGUAACCUGGGAGGCUGUCAUUGUAGAUGAAGUACACAAAAUCAAAUGUCUGAAAGCACAGAGUACUCGAGCUUUGAAAGAUCUGAAGUGUCUUCGUAGAUAUGGACUGACUGGUACACCCCUUCAAAACAGCUUGCUGGAGCUGUGGUGUAUCUUAGACUGGGUGCAGCCAGGAGUACUGGGUAGCAAAGAGGUCUUUGAAAACAGUGUGGUGAAGAUGAUAGAGCGUGGUCAGAAAAUGAAUGCUACCAAACAAGAACUUGCUAAAGCCAGAAAAAAGAAAGAGGAGUUUGCGCAAGUGCGUUGCAAGAUGUUACUACGCAGAACCAAGCGAAUUAUUGCAGACCAGCUGCCAAGAAAAACGGACCGGGUGGUGUUCUGUCAGCUGAUGCCUCUACAAGUGGAUGUUUACCGUGCUAUCUUGUCACACCCUGAAAUGAGAUUUGUCUUGCACAUGGAUGAAGCCUGCACUUGUGGUAGUGGGUUGAUGCAGCGCAGUUGUUGCAGAAAGAAAAUAAGAGGAGAGGCUGGUGAAGAGAGCGUGCAGUCACUGAUGUUGUCAUUCAUGCAUGUUCUGCUGAAGGCAGCCAAUCAUGCGGCCCUUCUCAUUCCUCACAAAAGAGCUGGGUCACAGCAGGCUCAGAGGCUGGAGAAGAUGUGCAAGAUUGCUUUCCAAGACCACCCAGAGUUCAUCAGUCAGACCCAUGAGGCAUCAUUCAGAACUCUGUCGGACCCUAAAUACUGUGGCAAAAUGAAGGUCUUGCAGGGGAUGUUGUCAGUGUUCAUGAAGUCCCACAGCAAAGUUCUUAUUUUCUCCUACUCUACUCGGCUUCUGGAUAUUCUAGAACAGUACAUAAUAAGUAAAGGUCAUGAGUCGCGCAUUGAUGGAACUAUCACAGGCAUGCGACGUCAGCAAAUUGUGCGCGAGUUUAACAAAGAUUCCAACAUUGCCCUCUGCCUUGUGUCCACAAAGGCUGGUGGUCUAGGUCUGAAUCUUACAGGAGCUAACAAAGUCGUGAUUUUUGACCCCAACUGGAAUCCAAGUCAUGACUUACAAGCCCAAGACAGGGCAUACAGAAUUGGGCAAAGGCGAGAUGUGGAGGUGUACCGUCUGAUCUCUGCUGGUACUAUAGAGGAGAACAUCUAUCUGCGUCAGGUGUAUAAACAGCAACUAGACAGUGUUGCGGUAGGAACUGAAAAUGCUCGCCGCUACUUCCUGGGUAUCCAGGGAGACCAGCAAAACAGAGGCGAGCUCUUUGGCAUUAAAAACAUGUUUGCUCUACGAACUGGUGAUUUAUGUCUCACCCACGACAUCCUUCAUAGAAAUGCCAGAGUAGAGGCAAGCAUAGCUGGCCAUAAAGUGGCUGACUAUAUACCAUCCUGGCGUGAAGAAAAGGCAGUGAGGGGAGAAGACUCUGAUCAAGACUACUCAGAAGAAACUGGUGAAGUUGAGAGUAACUCGGUCACUGGCGAAUCAGUCAACGUUUUGAAAGAAAUGUUUGAUUUGGGUUCUGAUACAGAGGAUGAUAUGCCCAUUGCUUCCCCAUACAAGGGCCUACAGCCAGUGUCAGAGCCACCCAAUUGCUGUUCCAAAGGAAAGAAAGCUGUCUCAACCUGUCAUAAGUCCAGUAAACAUAAGGCAGGACAGUCUGAUGGGGGAAGGAGAGCUUUCUUCAAACAAAAAAAUAAACCCUGUAGCAUGGACGUCUCAGAGACAAAAACAUCUAACAACUGUCAGACAAGUGUUGGUUUUAAUUCUCUCCAGGAGGAGGUUGUGAGUCCCUUGGAAAAAACACAGCAGAAGGAUGUUACUGUGAGAGAUGAUUACAAGAUGACCAAUCCAGACUUGCAGGAUGGGAAAGGAAGAAUGUCCGGAACUGAGGAUCAGCUGACCACACCUUCCUUCUCCUCCAUGUCCUCAGUCUUUGAGAACUGCAAUGUGGUCCACGUGCAUGACAACCCACAUAUAGUUGGUUCCAGCCAUGUCGAAGACCACAUGUCUCGAUGCGCCAUGCAAGAUGUUUUCGAGCUGCAUAUCAACAAACAGGCACCAGCAUUGUUCUGUGCCCCACUUCCACAGCAGCAGAGUUUAGAAAACAUGGAGGACCAGACACAGCAGUCCAAGAAAAGGCUAUUGCAAAGGAAAAGAGGAAAUUGGCACACAGGAAGGAGAACUCCAGCAAGGGACCUCAACUCACCCAGAACUCUAAGUUUUGGGAGUUUUCAUAUUCUGAUUGGCCAGACACCACCUGCAUGGAGACGAAGGCACUGGGCACAACUACGAGACAUGCUGAAUGUCACCAGUGACGUAACUUUAGCAGAGCAGAUGCUGUCAGCUUCUCCCCAGGACCGCACGAGCAUGCUGCAAAACUUGCUGUUCAAGCAGCAUGGAGAUGCUUUGAGCCCGGUGCUGAAGGACAUAUUCCCCAAUGCCUCAGAGCCUCCUGUAACUGAUGCUUGCACCAAACCAGUGGGUCAGCAGAAGGCCAAUGAGACAGGACAGAAGAAAGGUCAAGCAAGCCAUUUGAUUACAUCAAAAAAAAGACACUUAAAGAAGCUUGUGGCUGGAGAACAACAUCGUGAAGAUGCAGAAUCCUCACAGUCUCCAAAGAAGCAAGCUGCUCCAGCCAUCAGCAACCCUGAACUGCAGUUAGGUACCACAGUCAUGCCUGUGAGUAUAGCACAGUCAUGCCAGUUGGGUACCACAUUGAUGCCUGUAAGUGUCAGGGCUUCAGACAACAAGGUUACAUCAAGCAUGCCCUGGAAAAAACACAAAUGUCAAAGCAGAAAGAAGACGUUGGCUAAAACACAAGCAAAGGUGGCUGCAGGUGAGAAAGUGAUGGAAGAGAGUAUGUCAUUUUCUUUAGGAAAAGAAGACAUUGAGAGACUUCUCAGUGAAAUGGGUGUGAAAUCUAGCAGCUGCAAAGACUCGGGACAUACUGGCAUAAAGCCAAGAAUUUCCUGUGAUAAACAUGAUCAUAUAACUAUCAGUGUGGACAGAAAAAACCAGAUGAAAAGUUUGGCUAUGACAGCCAGAAAGUGCAAGGCAUCAUCUUUGCUGGACGACAUUUUCUGUGAUUCUGAUAUGGAAACCAAGAACAUUAGAAAGCCCCCGCCUUCAAAGGUGGCUCAUGCAAAUGACAGGAGAAAGCCUGCAGGUAGAGUGGACAGUGACUGUUCAUUCACACAACACAACAAAGCUGUGGACACUGCUGGGGUAACAAGCAGCUCAGGUGACAUCGUCUUUGAUCUUCUGAACAACAGCACACUCUGUAAUGACAUAGACUGUUCUGGAAAAACAUAUUUGUGUAAAAAGAAAACAACAAUGAGAAAGUAUCCUCUAAUGAAUGCAGAAAAAUUAUUGCAAGAAACUAGAGAUGACGUCCAGGCCCUUCUUGAUUCAGGGAAACUGGUGAAACAAAUAAACAAGAAAACAAUUGACAACCAAAAGGAUAAUAGUGCGCAAGAAGAGGAAAGAAAGGUAACCAAUGGAAAUGCUGCAUCCCACAGUCUCUUUUCCUGAUGAUAGAUCACAUUCAUGUUGCUUUUUUUACUGUGGUUUGAGAGAAUUAUUUAGUGAUGGUGAUUUUGUUCUACACCUGUGACAAUUUUCAUUUAAUUGCAUUCCUAAUAAAACAGCAUUAUCAAUCA